AUGGCACGAAACGAAGAAGUCGAAACUAGCGCUGAAAGCAACGAAAAUAACGAAGAAAAAGUCAUUCAAAUUGGUGCCAAAUGUCGAGGGCCAGGGCCAGCGAAAUAUCUUCUUCCCGGUACAGUUGGAAUUAAACAACACGAUAUUCGCUUGAAGCGAUGCCCUGCAUUUAGUUUUGGUCAACGCCAUAAAGAAUUUUCAUCGAGUUUUGUACCGGGACCGAAGUACAUGUUCCCGGCUUAUGUGACACGCAAGGGAAAGGAGGCUUCUCCCGCAUUUUCACUGUACAGUCGUACAGCAGAUAAACAUCACUUCUUUACACCCGGCCCAGGUAACAAUUCACUGAAAAAAAAGUGCUUUGGUAUUUGUUAUUUUGUUUCUAAUGUAAUAAUUUUUUAAUUGUUUGCUUGUUUGUUUUAUUCAUUUGAUUGACAGUUGCGUCUUUUGUUGUUGUCUUUUGAAACGUUUAUUUUUACUUUGUAAUACUCGGUUACUCUUUCAUUAUUCCUUUUUAUAAAUUUGAUUGUUUGCUCAAGACCGGAUUUUGCGUGCAGGUGGGGGGAGAUUGGGUGGCUCGCCUUUCACCUUCAGGAUAACUCUCACAUUUAAACAUUAAAAAAGGUUUAGCGAAACUAACGGAAAAUAGAUCACCCUUGACAGGUGCGUUAAAGUUUGUUUUUGUAACUAAGACAGUACAGUGUUUUGUAAAAUGCGUAACAGGAGUCAGUUCCACCGCAAGAUGGGAUCACUGCAAAAAAUUGAGGCUUGUUUGUGAAUUAACUGUCACAUAUUCUGCUUGUUUCAUGGUGUUCGGCCUUUUUUUAUUUUUGUUUGUUUGCGGCGGGGCUAAAAUGCUGGUAACUGGUAACUGGUAACUAGUAACCGGCAACGGGUAACGGGUAGCCCAAUGAGCGGGCCUAGACGAGCAAAGAGUAGACUACAAAACAGUCCGUAUUUUCCCUGAGGUUAAGAAGGCGCGUGCGAGCGUUCAAAGGAAAGGUCUAGAGCGAUGGUGAAAACGGAGAGUGAGGCUGGGGAGAAACGCAAAAAAUACGUACCUUAUUGGUGUUUAGUUUCGCGGGUACUUAAUUUCGCAGUUUUGGCGAGACAGUGUUUCGCGGGGUUUUAUUUUUUUGGUUAUGGAUCCUGCGCUAUCUGAAUAGGAAAAUAUGCAAAAAAAGGCAUUAAGUUUGGCAAGGAUUUUUAUUCACGGAUCUUUGAUUUCGCGGUGUCUUCGAGUUCAGGAAGAGUACAUGAGUGUAACACGUUUCAUUGAAAAUUUGUUUUGUACUUUGCUAUUUUGUCGCCACUUAUAAAAUUGCUUUAAAGUAUCCUACUUUUUUUCUUUCUCAGGCCAAUAUUCUCCAGAAAAAUGUCAUCCACCCCACGAAAAAAGAGCUCCAUGCUUCACGAUCAAGACCCGUACAAAGUAUUCAUUUAAAGACCCCACCCCGUCCCCCAACUCCUACUCUCUCCCACCCCUGAUAGGUCCAAAGGUUGUAAGUGCUCAAUCAGCACCAGCCUACUCUUUGAGCGCGCGAUCUGCUAUUGGUGGAUUCAGCGAGGAUCUACAGAAGGUGAGGAAAACUGGGAACGAGUAUAAAAGUGAAUUUUGUUUGGAUUGAUUUAGGUUUAAAACAUAUUGUUAGUCGAUCUCACGAGAUUGGAUUUCAUUGGAAGAAUGCUGACAUUAAGGACUCUUGAAAACAAUACAAAUACAAUAAAAUCGAUGAAAGUUGAAGCUUCAACGCGCAAAUACUAAAGCAAGCUGCUUUCUGAAUUCCAAGGAAAGUACCGUAAAAUUCCGAAAAUAAGCCCCUCCAAAUAUAAGCGCCCCAAAAUCGUAACGCGAAAAACCCUCCAUUAAAUCGCCCCUCCGAAUAUAAGCCCCCCAGGGGGCUUGUAAUUGGAAUUUGCCCUCUAAUACAAAGUAAAACAAAGCAAAAAUGGUAAAUUUCCUUCCCACUAUCAAGCUAGCCCAAUCGAUUUUGAAACGUAAAUUUCCCUCCAUACAUAAGCCCCUCCAAAAAUAAGCCCCUCAAGAAGGGCCUUUGAAAAAUAUAAGCCCAGGGACUUAUUUUCGGAAUGUUACGGUAUGUUAGGGUUAUCACUAAGGGUCGGGGGCUAGGGAUUUCCCUCGGAUACUAUGAACAUGACCCCCAGUUACUUGAAUAGGAAAUAGACCACCCAAAAGAACUUCCUCGCCUUUCAAUUACCUGCCUACUGAUUUCAUAUACCCGCCAAGUUGAAAUCUUAGUGAUGCCCCUGGUAUAAGCAUCCUCUAGCAAAUCAGUGGUUUUACAAAAAAAACCUGUUCGUUUUCAAGAAUAGAUCGUGACAGCGAUAGCGGAAACAGCAAUAAAUAUGGGAACCCUCUAUCCAUUUUUCCUUAAAAAAAGCCGAAUUUCACAAACGGAGAACCGUCAUCAUCCCCAAAUUACUACGCAAAACCGAACUCAACUGAAAAUUGAACCGAAAGGCCAAUAUCACUCUCCUAUCACCGUCCUGUGAGAAAAUUCUAGUAAGAAAACCCUUUUCUAACAUCGCUAGUUUGUUCCGGUUGCUUUUAUCAGACACCUGGUCCCGGAACGUACGAAGUUACUCAGCUGAACACAAAUAAACGACGAAUGCCAGCUUACACAAUGAAUGGUCGCAACUACAUGCCAGUGGACUCUACACUUAAACCAGGACCAGGUCAACACCGCCCUGAGAAGGUUCGUAAAUAUUGAAUGAUUCAAAGAACAACAAAGGAUUUUUUAUACGGCCAAAAGAAUUUGCAUGGUGCUCUCGGAGGGCUGAAUCAGAACGCAAGAUUCGCAUUAUCUUGCCUGCUCGCCGAGCUAGUCGUAAUAAUUCCCAUUAAAACAUGAUUAAAACUUGUAGGUUUCAACAACAACAACAACAACAACAACUUAUUAAGGUACUUCAAAUGAAUUACAUGUCAUUACCCAAAAUAACAUUUAUAGGUAAUGUUAAAAAAGAAAAAGGAAAUUAACAAGAAAGAGAAAGAUAAAAGCAGCAAUAAGUCUGCAUACGAAAGGAACAAUAAUAUUGAAAACGAAUACUGUUGAAGGCUAAUUGUAUUAUAAAGAUUGCUAGACAAUAGGGACUUUAUGAAUUAAUGAGCAUUAAUGUAUUGAGUACAUCAAAAACGCCCAACAAGCACAGGCCGGAGCCUUUGCAGGGGUUCUGUUCACAUACAAACGUAACAAGCAAAUCGCAGUCCACCUUGAGAGAAAGAUUUGUUCGGAAGAAUGGUGCUUAGUGUGAACUCAACCAAUUGUCAGAAAUGUAUAUUGGCUAAAUUCAAGGCACGGCUUAGCCAGUCAGUAAGCAGGAUUCUUAGUGUGGAUAUUGGACAGGCGAAAAGAGAGCAAAGCUUCUCCUUUCCUUCCCCUCCCUCGUUCAAGUUCAAGUUUAUUUUAUUUCACACUAUUUACAUUGUAAGUUCACAGAUAUAACUUAAAAACAAUAACAGAUUCUCUCAAUAGUUAAUAACAAAAAUAAAACAGAGCUAAUACUGUUAUUGAAUUUGUGUGGUGGUCAAAGUAGCAUUUGCUUUCCAAUUGGCAACCACCUACUUUAGAAUAACAAAAACACACUGAGCUUAACAUGGAAUCUAAGACUAGCAUAUUAUUAUUUAAAGAUUGAGAUAAAUUAGAGAUAUAUUCAACAAGGGACUAUGUAUUUUAAAAUUUAAGGAGAAAGAGAGUAAAUCAAAUAUUAAAUAAAUAAAUAAAUAAAUAAAAAUAGUAAAUAAUUAAAUAAAGAAAUAACGUUAAGAGAAAAGGGGACAAACAAGCAGAAAAAAAGAAAAUAAGCAAGCAAACAAGCAGCAAGGAGACAAACAAAGUAAGGACCGAAGCAUUUAAAGUAUUAAACUUUUGAGUACUAAAGAGAACAUAUCUCAUUUGAUUAACAAGAGAUUAAAUGGGCUUUGGAAAGUUUCUUAAAUCGGUUUGGGCUUUCUAGUUGUUUUAGCGUCAAGGGGACAGUUUCCCAAAAAACUGAAGCAGAGUACUGAACAGUGAAUUUACUCAUGUUUGUCCUAACUUUUUGACGGUAAAAAUUGAGUUUAGUCGAGUUCCUCUUUCAUCUCUCCUCAUUUAACUCUCCACUCCGUUUUGAUUAUCAUUAAUAAAUUUUUUUAAUUUUUUGAAGUGGGCUACGCUGUGAGAAAUGUUUGUUUUCUUUUUCAGUACAGUGCAGAAAAAUCCCUGAGAUCACAAUUUCAGCAUUUCAUUAUAGCCCCCCCGCGGGGAUGGGGUUUGUGUGUGUGUGUGUGUGUGUGUGGGGGGGUGGGUUGGGCUAUGCAAAAAAUUUUAUACGGGGUGGCUCCGCCUCCAGAUCUAAUCCAGUACCCUUUAUAUACCAUUUUUGACAGAAAAGGUGCACCUUUCAUUUACCUUCCUUUGAAUAAAGGACUUUUCAUAUACUUCAGCUCGUGAAUUACCUACCCUUUGAUAUCCCUGAGUUCUGAAAAGGGUCAGUACUCCCCGUAUAGGCCAUUACAUGGAGUGCCCCCCCCCCCCAUUUCCGGGGAUAGUGACUAGAGAUUGUAUUGUUGGGACCAACAUUUGCAGCCUGUGAAUGGGGCUUUGCUUUAGAUCAUGUGUAUAUAUUCUAAUCACUGUGCGCCCUUUUUUCCCAGGUUGUAUACAACAAACCCACGGCACCGAAAUUCAGUUUCGGAGUCAGGCACAGCGACUACAUCACAGUUCCUCUUUGUACAAACACGUGA